UUCAUGGGUCUUCGUAUUAGGUCACCCGCUGAAAACCUUGUCGCCUUGAGAACCGCUCUCUAUAUAAUCCCCCUCGUAUCGAGUCAUUUCUUCAUCAGACACACAGCACGGUUCGUUAUGAGUGUGCUGAAAAUGGCCUCGUCUUCCUUGUUUUCAAAGGCCAUUUUGACUUUGGCUUGCGUUGUGCUCCUUACUGGCUGCACGACUGCUCAGCUUUCGACUGACUUUUACGCCAAAACUUGCCCCAAGCUCUUCCCGACGGUGAAGAAAACCGUGCAGGCAGCGAUUGCCAAAGAGACCCGCAUGGGUGCCUCGCUCACCCGCUUGUUCUUCCACGAUUGCUUCGUCAAUGGUUGCGACGGAUCGAACCUCUUGGACGACACACCUACUUUCACUGGAGAGAAGAAUGCGACCCCAAACCAAAAUUCCUUGCGAGGGUUCGAUGUGGUGGACAAGAUUAAGUCCGCGGUGGAGAAAGUAUGCCCUGGCGUCGUCUCAUGUGCUGAUUUGUUGGCGAUCAUCGCCCGAGACUCCGUUAAGAUACUGGGGGGGCCAGGGUGGCAUGUGAAGCUGGGAAGGAGAGAUGCGAGAACUGCGAGUCAGGCGGCAGCUAAUAACAGCAUUCCUCCUCCAACUAAUAACCUCAACGCUCUCAUUUCCAGCUUCCAAAAUCACGGCCUUUCUCAAAAGGACCUCGUCGCACUAUACGGAGCACACACAAUUGGGCAAGCGAGAUGCACAAACUUCCGGGCCAGGAUCUACAACGAGAGCAACAUCGACAGCUCAUUUGCCCGAACGACGAAGAGCAACUGCCCACGCAUGACCGGCGUUGGCGAUAACAACCUGGCCGGCCUCGACUUCCAGAGCGCGACAUCGUUCGACAACAACUACUACGUCAACCUCGUCAAGAAACGAGGCCUCCUUCACUCUGACCAACAGCUCUUCAACGGCGGGUCCACCGACUCACUCGUCAGGACUUACGCCAAAAGCCAAGGCACCUUCUUCAAGGACUUCGUGACCUCCAUGAUCAAUAUGGGCGACAUCAAGCCCCUCACCGGGUCCAACGGCGAGAUCAGGAAGAACUGUAGGAGGGUCAAUUAAUUAUUGAUAAAAGACGGUUGAUAUGCCUAACAUCUCUAAAAAAGUCCAAACCAUUCUGUAAUCUUCUAACAUCGGAGACGCAGAAUCUAUAAUAGUGUGGAAAACCAAGAGAGAAGCAUUCUUAUGUCAUUUGAAGCCAUUGUACUGGAGGAUAUAUAAGGGAACUGUUGGCGUGAUUUUCUCUCCUAUCUUAGGAAAGGAGAUUUGUUAAUAUUGUAUUCCUAUAAUUCUGGGUUGUCUUCCCUUUUUCUGGUGAUCUUCCUAUUUUUGGUUGCUUGUUUCCUUUGUUGUAGCAAUCUUUCCUGUAUAUAUGGUUGAACAAUGGCAGAUGGUACUGUUAAGGAAACUUCCUAAUAGAUUUUGAAAUUGACAACA